GUGGCGGUAAAACUUCGUCAAACAACAUGGCUGCACUGGACACGAAAACCAGGAACAACUUUAUUUUCCCCUAACUCCCCUUUGCUCCUGAACAAUGGAGCACACUACAAGUGAAGCCCCUCAGAAAACAUUUACUUGCCAGUUGUGUGGUUUAAGUAGCCCUUUCACUUACUACGGCCAGAAACCACCAAACACCAGAGCCAUUGUGUUGCUUGAGGAGUGUUUUGUGACCAGGGAUCCCUUCAGUCCUGACAAGGAGAAGUUUCUAGUUCUGGGCUCCAGCUGCAGCCUGUGCAGCGUGUGUGUCUGCGCUGGAUCGGACUGCAGUCUUUUCUACACCAAGAGGUUCUGCAUGCAGUGUGUGAACAAGCACCUGGACCAGUUCCCCCAACAGAUUCAAGCUGAGCUGGCCAAGAAGAAGCAGAGCUCCAAGUCUGCCGUCUCCUGACGCCGGUCAAGAGGUCCAUAACCUCCUCACCGAUAGAAGAGAGAAAUGUCUGAAUGUGACCAGGUGCUUUGCCAGAACUCUUUUUUUAUCAAACCCAUACUGGACCACCACAGCAAAAACCCCAACAUCCUGUCAUUUAUCAGCAUAGCUCUGGGUUAUUAUUAUUUGGGUGGGAAAUUAACACCGCACAUCAGAAACGGACUAGUUUAUGUUUAUGCUGCCGUAUUAGCCUUCAGGGUGUUGUUUGCUUAUUUUUUAUUUGUUUCUACAGAGUUUUAUAGAAGCGAGUAACGGGUGUGAGUAGUGUUGCCGGACUCCUGUGGGAUUGUGGUUGCAGGCUCAGAAUCAGACCCGCUGGUUUGUAGCAAUUAAAAAUGGCUCCUAAUUUAAAAUCUGUAUGUGCAAAGUUACCCUGCAGUUGCUCUAACUUUUCUUUUUUUUUUUAAACAAAACAAAACCAACAACAGUGUAUAUAAUGUUAUGAACAGUAUUCAAAUGAUUGCUAAUGUCUGCUUGUGCAGCCCAAUUCAGCAACCCGGCUGACACACCGUUCAACACACUGUAUUAUAUUAUUAUAACUGACUCAAAAAAAAAUUUACAAGUAAUUUUCCAAGAUCGGUUGCUAGGUAGAUUAAAACCAAAUUUGUGUUUCCACUGCCCUUGCAAUGUAAAGAAAAUUAAUAAGUUGAACAAUUUCUCUUUGUAGUUGAUGGAUUAUGCCUGUUGUGCAGUAUUUUAAUGCCUCCUUUUAUGAGAAAACACAUUUUUAUUACUUUUCAGCAACACAUGGUAACAAUAACAUUUAUAUGACUAAUUCCUUAACUAUACACACAUGUUUGUGUUGACAGUGACACCUCCUAUUUAAAAGUAUCACUGUUUUCCUUUUCCUUUGUGCAUCCACAGUGAGAGGAUGCAUGGUUGACUUCUGUGGAGUCAAAAAACAUGUUUUUCUGUGCUAUCUUCAACUAUAAAGAGACACAUACCGUG